AUGACUCUGAUUGCAAAGCAAGAUACGUCCGUUGAGCCCAAGCAGAAAGCACAAACUUCAGCUGCUGCUGCUGCUGCUGCACCAUAUUAUAAGAAACAAGCAAAGUACCAUGAUAAACGAACAACAACAAACAAGGCACAUUUGGUAGAUACCAUUAUUCGUCAUAGAAUAUUGGACUCUAUUUUCUACAAGCAACACCUUUACCUUGCGAAUGAAGCAACUAUACUUCAAGUUAUUACAAAACACGUACAUUAUAUAGGCGGUGUUGAUUCUAUGGGCCGUCCAUCACCUUUUAUCCAGUGUUUGUUUCGACUACUAGAGCUCAAUCCAUCAAAAGAAAUAGUCCAUGUAUAUCUACAUCAGCUUGAGUUUAAUGAGUUCAAGUACCUUUUGGCAUUGAGUUUGCUAUUUGUUAGAUUGACAUAUCCAAGCGAAGAGGUAUAUAGUAUAUUUGAUGAGUUUGCACAAGACUAUAGGAAGUUGAGGUACAAGAUGAAAGUACCUGAUUUUGAUGAGAAUAAACUUGCAAUAUUUUACAAAAUAGGGUAUAUGGAUGAGUUUUUGGAUGAUUUGUUGAUGAAGGAGAGGGUGGUGGACCUAUUAUUACCGAGGUUAACCCUGAGGAACACUUUGGUCGAGCAAGCAUUAGCCGUGCCGAGGAAGUACUAUGUUGAUGAGACUCUAGCUAAACAGGAGGAUGAUUUAUCGAGCGAAGAGGACGAAAUAGAAGGGGCAGAUGAAGAAGAAAAAGACGAAAAAGAAGUAUAA